GCUUACUAUUUUUGUUGAGAGACUUCCAUAUACAACACAGAAGUCUUCCCCCGUGCCACGUGGCAGCGCAGAUGGCGUUCCCGCCAACAUCCAUUUCCCCGGAACUUGUACGGUACCCGUUCUAUAUAAACACACGCAUUGAUUCCGACCCGCCAGCAUCCGUUUCCCUCUUCCUCUUCUUCUUCGAUCCAAAGCAGAGAGCCGAGAUGGACUCCGAAGCGCAACCCAAGCCUUCCGUCUCGACCAAGAAGACUCCCUCCUCGUCUCCCGUCGACCAUCCCCCGGAACCACCAGCCAAGGCCGUGGCGCCUGCCGACCAGAUCUGGACGCCGGAGAAGCCGGUGCGGAGUACCGCGACUCGGUCCGAUGUUGCUCGGUCCAGCGACGUCGACGAUCUCCUCCCGGGGGAGGAGCCACUCCUCUUUGAGUCCUCGAAGGCCAAACCCCUCAUCAAGCUUCCUGAAAAGUAUGAGAUGCUGUGUAAAUUCUUCGAUAGCAUGGUGACUUCGAUACGGUUGCUUCAGGGAAGAUCAUCCACGCCCACAUUCGCAAAGAUCCUCACCAUGAGUCAGAUUUUGGUAGAAAGGUGCUACAACUUCAUCCAAGGAGAUGACACUUAUUGGCUCGUCUUGCUUCCAUCGUCUUCUUUGUUUCCAUGUUUAAGUGAUUUUAUGUGUCUAACUGAGACGCUUUCUGCAUUUUAGGAACUUCACUUAUGCACAUUUAGCACAGUCGAUGUACAUAAUGCCUGAAGCUAUAAUGAUCAAGAAGGUGGUUUUGCAUGAUGAGACCACUUGUUGUGUGAAGCCAGAGCUUCAGAUCACUCUGCAAGUUGAUGCAGUAGCCGAGAACAUCAAUGGAGAAAGUGGGAGUAAGUAUUCAAUCCUGACGAAGCUCUUCAGGGAAAGGAUUGUUGACUUCUACAAUGGCCAUCCACAGGAAGAUGAGGUCCCUGAGGUGCAAUUGCCACAUCCAUUUAACCAAACAAAGCCAAGUGUACUUCCAAGAGCCUUAAACUUCAAUUUCGAACCAACACGCACUGAGUCGACGUCAAGUGCCGCUACCCAGCAACAAUUCUUAGUGCCGUCUCACAUACCCCAAUCUUUUCACAGGUGGUUUUCUAAGAAAAAUCCCAUUCCUGCUUCAGAGAAAACUCCUCUUAUGUGUCUCAGCCAAGCUUGGCCAAAAGAUGAUCUCUCCGUUUCUGCUGCUUCGUCUCCCAUAAAAUGCGCCUCAAAUCCACCCAUAAUCAAGAAGUCUUUGCUCUGUUCUUCCAUUUCAAACACCUUAUCGAGCAACUGUAGAAUUUCUGAAGAGGAAGCCCACAUGUUGGUAAGAGCUGACAAUAGUCCUCCAAAGGAACCAAAUAUACCGGAGGAGACACCUGCAAAAACAGUUUCCAUUCCCUUGAGGUUAAUGUGUAAUACGCCAGAGCUUCCCACACCAAAGAGACGUAGGCCAUCCCCUAGCUGUGAUUCUACACCGUUGAACGAAUCUUUGAAGCGUUCAACGCGGACAAAACUGUUUAUGACUCCAGAAAAGAGCGCAAAAGCAGGGGAGGAAGAGAACACAGGUAGAAGUGUGUCUUCUGCUGCUGCUGCUGAUGAUGAUGAUGAUGAUGAUGUUCUCGAUAUUCAACCUGAAUCACUCUUGUAAUCGGUGAGUUCUUUGAGGUUUCUGCAAAAAAUUAUGAAUUAUCUGUGCAGUCAUUUCACAAUAGGUGCACCAAUAAGCAAUGAUAGAUUGAUUAUGUCCUCAUUUGUACCCUUUUGAUGAUCUUACACUAUGCUGAUUAACAUCAUAAUUUCUCUAUCUUUUAGAUAUGUUUGUUUAGUUUAGCAUUGGCUUCAUG